CCAUAACUUACAUCACCCAUGUGUUUUUUACGGCAUAACUGUGCGUAGUAAAGUAGGGGAUGACCAUAAAUGGAAUGGAGGAGCUUUUUAGUAACUGAAACUGAAUGAAUAUAGGCAUUUGCAGAAGACUGAAUACCAUUUAUCAAGCUAAAAAGUUUUUAUAUUUUCCAAGUGUAAACCUACCCAAACAGUUCAAUCCUUAUUUGACUUAUUGUACAACGACAACUACAGAUAUGACUGAUACAGAACCAAAGCUUAGUAAAAAUGAGUUGAAGAAGCGUCUUAAAGCUGAACAAAAGGCAAAAGAAAAAGCAAUGAAGCAAGCUGCUGCAGAAGCUGCAGCUGCCCAAAAUGCUAAUAUGAAAAAGGAAAAACCUAAGAGCCUGGUUGAUGAAGAUGAGUCACUGGAUCCUAAUCAGUACCAUGAAAUCCGCCAGCAGUCUGUGGCAAGUUGGAAAAAAAUUGGUGAAAAUCCUUAUCCUCACAAGUUUAAUGUGUCCAUAUCACUGGCACAUUUCAUUGAAAAGUAUAACUCAGUAGAUUCGGGUACUUGGUUGGAUGAAGAAGUUAGUGUGGCAGGUAGAAUACAUGCAAAAAGGCCGUCUGGUGCUAAAUUAAUAUUUUAUGAUUUACGCGGUGAAGGUGUUAAAAUACAAAUAAUGGCUGAUCAAAGAUCAUCAGAAGAUGAUUUUGCAUAUAUUCAUGGCAAACUUCGCAGAGGUGACAUUGUUGGAAUACGUGGAAGACCUGGUAAAUCGAAAAAAGGAGAACUUAGUAUACAACCAAAACACAUUGAGUUAUUAUCCCCUUGUCUUCAUAUGCUUCCUCAUUUACACUUUGGGUUAAAAGAUAAAGAAACAAGAUUUCGGCAAAGGUACUUGGACCUUAUACUUAAUGAAACUGUGCGACAAAAAUUUUGUACCCGUAGCAGAGUAAUAAAUUAUGUUCGAAAGUUUCUUGAUCAGUUAGGAUUCUUAGAGAUCGAAACUCCCAUGAUGAAUAUGAUACCUGGUGGUGCCACAGCUAAACCGUUUAUAACACAUCACAAUGAUUUAAAUAUGGAUUUGUAUCUUCGUGUGGCUCCCGAGUUGUAUCACAAGAUGUUAGUGGUAGGUGGGAUUGAUCGUGUGUAUGAAAUAGGUCGCCAAUUCCGAAAUGAAGGCAUUGAUAUGACUCAUAAUCCUGAGUUUACUACCUGUGAAUUUUAUAUGGCUUAUGCAGAUUAUAACGAUCUGAUGGACAUCACAGAACGAAUGGUAUCUGGUAUGGUGAAAAGUUUGUUUGGUACGUACAAAAUACAAUACCAUCCAAAUCAAAGCGACGAAGGCGGCAAAGGAGAACCAAUCGAAGUGGAUUUUACGCCGCCGUUUCGAAGAAUGUCUAUGUUGGCGGAACUUCAAAAAACUCUUGGUGUUACUUUCCCAAAAAUGGAUCUUCAAACAGAAGGGGCACGCAAGUAUUUGGAUGAUCUAUGUGUGAAACAAGGUGUAGAGUGUAGCAAUCCAAGAACUACUGCGAGACUACUAGACAAAUUAGUCGGCGAUUACCUUGAAGUGCAAUGCAAUAAUCCCACUUUUAUAAUGGAUCAUCCUCAAGUGAUGAGUCCUCUUGCUAAAUGGCAUCGUUCGGAGCCAGGGUUGACCGAACGUUUUGAGUUGUUUGUGUGCCAGAAAGAAGUAUGCAAUGCUUACACGGAGUUAAACGAUCCGCUGGUACAAAGACAAAUGUUUUCAAAUCAAGCAAAAGACAAAGCUGCAGGCGAUGACGAGUCCAUGUUUUACGAUGAAGGAUUUUGUACGGCCUUGGAAUACGGUUUGCCUCCAACUGCUGGGUGGGGAAUGGGUAUAGAUCGAUUGUGCAUGUUUUUAACAGACUCAAAUAAUAUCAAGGAAGUUUUAUUUUUUCCUGCGAUGAAACCAGAAGAGAAAAACAAGAACGCACCGCCAAUUUCUCCUACUCCAAAGCAAUGAAGUGAAAGUUUCAACUGAGAAAAACUUUCAAUCAUUAAGAAGAUAGAAUUAAUAAACAUUGCAGUAAAUUAGAACCUUUUUAUGGGUGGUGAUAGUUUAAGAGACCAAUACCAAUUUGUGAUUUUUAUUUAUUUUGUAAAAAAUUCGUGAAAAGCAAUAUAAAGAAGGACAAGGAUAA